CACCUUCACCUGCCUAAUCUUUUAUUUUGUUCUUUCUUUGCUUGCUACGAAAAUCGGGCCAAUAGUUGUUAUCAUAUUGAGUUCUAUAGAUCGACACUUUGUCUAAUUUCUGUAGCUGUUAGCCUUAAAACCGUUCAAAAUAUGAAACCAUUUCUGUUAACUGUUCACAAUUUGAAGACAGGUAUCCCCUAAGUUCAAAGGAAUUCCUGGCAGCUUACCACUGCCUAACUUCAAGGAGAUUACUCGGCAGUUUAUCACUGCCCACUUCGUUCUGUUCCAAUUCCACAACGGUACCGUAAAAUACACUCCUUAUAUGGGCAUCACGUGUAUACACUAUCAAAUAACAACAACCGAAGAGCUUCAAACCAAAUACCUAAACCAGUAUAUCAGACUUGUCAGACUGGAUCAUCAGGAUAACACCCGGUUCUACCAGAGUACCAUCAUCAUAAGCUCUAUUUCGUGGUCCACCACACGGUUAAAGCUCCACGCGGAACUCACGCAAACAACUUCACACUAAGCCUAGAAACUACAACUUCACACUAAGGUUUCACAUGGCAGACCGACAGAAUGAGAACUCUCGUCUGAUGGAUUAUCCAGGAGGCAGGAAGUACAGUGCUGAUGAGAAGAGGACUGCCAGUGGAGAAGCCGGGACUGUCGUACAACUCCGGGACUGGCUGGAUGACCCCUACGAGCAGGUGUCGGAGUUACCAUCUCAAAAAUACGCUAGUGCAGAUGACGGUAAGAUCCAACUAUCUCGACGGACCACGACGGACUCCAUCGGGGACACCAUUGCACUGACCGAGAGCACUCAACCUCCGAUACGUUUGGCUAAAGUGGCUGCCCUAUCGUCUCUUAUGCUGGUUUCUCUUGUAACUUCAAUGUUUUACGUUGAAGAAAGCAAGGAUUCCUACUUGAUGACGUCCUGCAGGAGCGCAAUGAAUAGCAUAGAUAUUGACGAUGUUUCCUACUGCAACAGACUUGCUAUAGAGAUUGUCGGAAAUAUCGAUCCGAUGGUGUAUACCGAACCACAAAAUGGAACAGUCUGGAUCAAACUACUGAAGAAAAUGCAAACAGGGACUGUCAUAAUAGAUGAUCCAGUGUACAUUAAACCUACUGAAGCAGUGACCACUAAGAUUAAAGACAUGACAAAGAUUGAACAUUUGUUUACUAUAGAUUCCCUCAAAGGCUGCGACAGUUUGUCUCUAAUAGCAGAACCAAGUGACGCGUCCGCAUGUGCUUCUGUGAACCUCUCCUACCAGUGUAGAUCACCUGCACAAGACUACUCGGUGAUAGUGGCGGUGAUACUGUUAGUAGUGGUUUACGCGCUGAUAAUGACAGAGAUAAUCCACAGAACAAGUGCUGCUCUGCUUGGGGCGAGUUUGGGUUUGGCUGCUCUCAGCAUCUUAAAUAUGAGACCCAAUAUGGAACUAAUUAUCAGUUGGAUAGACUGGGAGACAUUGGCUCUACUAAUGGGAAUGAUGUUAAUGGUGGCACUGCUGGCAGACUCAGGAUUCUUCGACUGGACAGCCGUGAAAAUGUACGAGCUGUCUAAAGGAAGGAUCUGGGUGUUACUUACCCUUCUAAAUGUGUGCACUGCUGUCAUGUCCGGAUUCUUAGAUAACGUAACCACCAUUCUUCUGAUAACACCCAUAACUAUCACGUUGUGUCAGGUGAUGCAUCUUGAUGUCAAGAAGGUGAUUCUAGCGAUGGUGAUGUUUUCAAAUCUCGGAGGAGCUUCUACCGGUAUAGGUGAUCCUCCCAACGUUCUUAUCAUCAACUCUCCACUCCUUAAUAGUAAGAUAACAUUCGGGAAGUUUACUGGCCACAUGAUGGUUGGUUCUAUUCUCUGUUCAGUGGCUGCUUACAUUUACUUUUGGUUGAUGUUGAAAAGGACCGCUAAGAGUCUAAUCGUGCAAGAUAAUGAUGUUCAGGAGCUUCUGAGGGAGGCUAAACUUUGGCAGAGAAUAGCGGACCGGAGUUACAUCGGAACGACGGAUGAAGUGGCUGUGAAGGAGAUGUUGGCGGGUAAAGCUGCACAGGUGACACGUCUUGCGGAGGAGAGAGUCAUGACACCACAAGAGGUGACCAAGACUUACAACGUUAACCUGCCUAAACUUAGAGCUCAAUACGGUAUCAGAGAUAAGGGGAAACUUGUCAAAACAGCAACUGUACUGAUAGUGUGCAUCUUGCUGUUCUUCGUGUACUCCCUCCCAAUAAUACAUACUACGCCCGGAGAGGUCGCCAUGGCUGGUGCCAUUGCGCUCAUCAUCGUCAUAGAUCACCAUGACAUGGAAGGUCUGCUACACAAAGUAGAAUGGACUACUCUUAUGUUCUUUGCUGGACUUUUCAUUUUAGUGGAGUGUCUUGAGAAACUUGGGCUCAUAGGUACCCUCGGAGAGUUUGCAGCGACGACCAUAAAAUCAAUCUCACCUGACUACCAACUAGCUGCUGCUAUCUCAAUCAUCCUCUGGAUGGCAGCCAUCAUCUCAGCUUUCAUCGAUAACAUCCCCUUUACCGCCGCUAUAAUCCCCGUUAUCUCACAAAUCGUUACAGAGACUGGUUUACCUUUAGAGCCGCUGGUUUAUGCUUUAGCGUUUGGGGCAUGUCUCGGGGGAAAUGGAACACUCAUUGGAGCUUCUGCUAAUAUUGUAGCUGUGGGCAUAGCAGAGGAGAAGGGGUACAAAAUAUCGUUUUUCGAUUUUAUGAAGUUAGGAUUGCCCGUUAUGUUUGUGACGGUUACUGUUGCCCAUAUAUACCUGCUGGUUUGUCAUUGCUGGUUUGGGUGGGGUAAUGGAUGAGCAUUAUCAUGUUAAACUUUUAGAUAAACAUCCAAUGCUAUUAAAUUUCAAAUCACGAUCGCCGCAAAUGGAUGGACGACCAUCGGUUCUGUUUUCGCUGGCGAAUGUUUUACAGUUUAUUUCAUGAAACUAAUUACAAUAUUUUUCAGCUUUUUUGUUUAAAAUGUAAUUUGUUAUAACAUGACAACUGUUAACGAAAUAAACAGUCUGUUUUUGUAAAAGAGAUUAGAAAUUGAACCUCAAUUGUGGCAGAUUGCUUUGGUGAUUUUUCCAAGAUAUGUUAAAUUUUCAUUAGUAUCUAAUUCGUAACUAGUCGGUAAGUUAAUCCUGAACAAUUUUCUUUAUCUUAUUAUUACUUUUACAGACAGUAAUAGUAUUAAGUACUAAUAAUAAAUAAGACAUACUUAUAGAAAACCCAUUCAAUUUUAGUUUUACCCCCGUACCCACUACCCAUGUUGAUGGGAAACUAAGGCUGUCGGAGUAAAACUAAACGUACUGCCAAGCUCAGGUCGGUUCCUAUCCUUCUAAUGGACCAUUAAGUGAUUCGUCGGGCCGGUUAACGCCAUGUAUGUCGAAAUGAUCCACUGAGUCAGUCGUAAGCAGCAGGUGAUCCUAUCACACGCAUCGUAUAAAGAUAUAUCUCUGAUUGGGAUAACAAGUUCAUAUGCUUGGGCCAUAUAUGACUACCGAAGCAUCGACAAUCGAGCAACAUGACCUCCACAGUCACCUUCAUUCCUGGACGUACUUCUUGUUCAAGAAACGUUAUUGUGUUGCAAUUGUGAAA